AUGUCUACUGAAUCGACUGAUAAAGCCGGUCUUGCCACCGCUCAUUACCUCGAACGAGCGAAGAAGGAAGGAUGGGCACCUGCGUCUCUUCAAGUGACGGUAUACGAGAGGAAUGAAGAGGAAAGCGCUUCGAUCAAGUACCCCAUGCAACUGUCACCUGACGCAAGAACAGCUCUGCAAAAGAUCCUCUCCAGUCAAGCAUUCUCCGAUUUAACCGCUCAAGCAAACUACGGUAUCACCCACGGUGGCGUCAACAUCCUCAACCCAGAUCUCAGCCACUUAUUCUCAAACAUCAAAUGUCGGAACGAGCAGCCUCAGUGGGUCCAUCGAAAGGUACUUAAAGAUAUCCUGAGUGAUGGUGUGAACAUCACCAGAGGAAGAAGAGUAGUGAGGGUCAGACAAGUAGAAGGGAAAGUCGAAGUGGUAUUCGAGGAUGGAGCGAACGAGUUGGCGGAUCUGGUCAUUGGUGCCGACGGUAUAGGCUCUAUUGUUCGAUCCCAGAUUGAUCCCUCCUUUCCUGACUUCCCUCUCCUUCCUUACCUCAUGAUCCAAUUCAAACUAGCCACGCCCAUUGCCAAACUCCCUCUGCAACUCAACAAAGACUGUCAAAAUAUCAUCUUAGGCAGUCAUUCGAACUGUCUCCAUGUCAUUUCACUGCACGGUACAGAUCUUCCUCACAUGACACCCAGAUCAGCUAUCACCUUAUCAGAACAAGGACCUUUCGCCGAGCCCGAUCAAUCUGUCUUGAAAGUACAAGAUGCUAUUAAAGAUCCCCAAACGGGAUAUGUACUCGUCAGGAUGUUUUUGAACGUGAGUGGAGAAGGUGCAGCGGGGUGGGAAGAUCUCACCGAAGGAUCCCUGAUCGUUUGGAGUACUGCUGCUACCGGAUUUUGA